CUUGCACUGCUACAGGAGUGGCGGAAAAGAGCAAACUGCCCCUGCUCCCUCCUCUUUGAUCCUGCUUGGCUUUCAACAUCUGUAGAACUUGCACACCUGAGCUGAAGAGCCUCGCCUCAACGUGUACGCAUCUGACAAAGACAAGUCAGCUCCACAUCCUGGGCCAGAGAGUCAUACCAGCUUUACCAUGAGCCGUGUUCGAGAUGCUGGUUGUGUAGCUGCCGGGAUAGUGAUAGGAGCUAGCGCCUGGUAUUGUGUCUACAAGUAUGCUGGGGGAAGAACCCAACCGAAGAAAAGGCCGGCCAAGCCCAAAACCAGGGCUGUGACGGGGACUGGAGCCAGGGCUAGGGCUAGACUCAGAGCUGGUUUCACAAUUGAUCUUGGACCAGGAGUUGGUCCUCCAACCCCAGUCUGUACUGGGGUAGAGAAUAAGGUUCAGGAUGACCCUUCUGCUCCGGAGCCUGCUGGAGCUGAGGCCACAGCCCCAGCUAUGACUAGUGCUGAGACUCAGAGUGCAGCAGGAAAUCAGGUCCAGGAGGCUGAAGGGGUCAAGACUGAGCCUAAAGCCGAAUCAGUAGUGGGGGCUGCAGAGGCUUCUGCGGUGGCACAACUUGCUAGGGAGACAGAGGCUCCCACAGCUUCAGAGGUUCCCACAGUACCAGUAGCAGACACGUCUAACACAGAAGAACCUCGUGGGGGUCCUGGGGCAGUAGUGCCUACUGAAGUAGGUGCAACUACUGAGGCAGUGGAGGUUCCUGCACAGGCAAUGCCUUCUGUGGCAGCUGUGCCUACCGGUGCAGCAGCACCUACUGGGGCUACAGAGGCUCCUGGAACUUCAGGAUCUCCUAAAGCAGCAGCCUCCAAGAAAACAACUCCUGGGGCUCAUACUGGGGCUAUACCUAAGACUGGGUCAGCUACUGGAGCUGUACCCAAAGGGGCGGCCAAGGGUGGAAACAAGUCCCGGACUGGGAAAGGCAAGGGCAAAAAAAGCAAGAUUGAAGUAGAUGAAUUAGGUCUUGGCUUCCGCCCUGGGGAUGGAGCUGCAGCAGCUGCAGCAGCCUCUGCUAAUGGGGGACAGGCUUUUCUGGCAGAAAUCCCUGAUUCUGAGGAAGGGGAGUCCGGGUGGACUGACACAGAUUCAGAUUCAGACUCUGAGCCUGAGACUCAGCAAAGGGGAAAAGGAAAAAGGCCUGUUCCCAUGCAGAAGCGCCCCUUUCCUUAUGAAAUCGAUGAGAUUCUGGGUGUGCGAGAUCUCAGAAAAGUCCUUACUUUGCUUCAGAAAUCAGAUGAUCCUUUCAUUCAACAGGUAGCUUUGCUCACUCUGAGCAACAAUGCCAAUUAUACAUGUAACCAAGAUACUAUUCGCAAAUUGGGAGGCCUCCCAAUCAUUGCCAACAUGAUCAACAAGACCGAUCCCCACAUUAAGGAAAAAGCCUUAAUGGCCAUGAAUAACUUGAGUGAAAAUUAUGAAAAUCAGGGUCGGCUUCAGGUAUAUAUGAAUAAAGUGAUGGAUGAUAUCAUGGCUUCUAACCUGAACUCAGCAGUACAGGUAGUUGGACUAAAAUUUCUAACAAACAUGACUAUUACUAAUGACUACCAGCAUCUGCUUGUUAAUUCCAUUGCAAACUUCUUCCGUUUGUUAUCACAAGGAGGUGGAAAAAUCAAGGUUGAGAUUUUGAAAAUACUUUCGAAUUUUGCUGAAAAUCCAGAUAUGUUAAAAAAACUGCUCAGUACCCAAGUGCCAGCAUCAUUUAGUUCCCUCUAUAAUUCCUAUGUGGAGUCAGAAAUUCUUAUUAAUGCUCUUACCCUAUUUGAAAUCAUCUAUGACAACCUCCGGGCAGAAGUAUACAACUACAGAGAAUUCAAUAAAGGUUCCCUUUUUUACUUAUGCACUGCAUCUGGAGUGUGCGUUAAGAAAAUUAGAGCCUUAGCAGAUCACCAUGACCUCCUGGUGAAAGUCAAAGUUAUAAAAUUGGUGGACAAAUUCUGAUGGGCCAUGUGCAUUUAAAAGAUUUAAACAUUGUCUUCAUUUUGCAGUCUGGACGCAAUGAAAAUUAAAAGUUUCUGCUCUUCAACUUGUUUGUUUAGUAAAGGGAUUCUUUCAGCUGUGUUUUUGAAUAAUGUAUCAUCCAGAGUGAUGUUAUCUGUGACAGUUUCCAGCUUUAAGCUAAACCAUUUUAUGAUACCAAAUAAAUAGUCCUCUCGUGCUGAAAACACAUUUGUGACUUUAAUCAUGCUGCUGGGUGGAAAUAUUUUUGCUGGUUCUUCUAUGUGAAUUGACAGUGAACCUGUCUGUCAUGAAUAACUAACAAUUUUGUCAUUUGUGUUGACUUGAAUUUAUCAGCCAAAGACUUCAUUUGUGUAUCAUCAAUAAAGUUUUAUGUUUCAACUGGCAA